CCCUUAACAAAAAUGGCCGUCCAAGGAAAGUGCCUUGUCGCGCCGUGAAUUAUGGCAGUGCUUCCGGUCCCGCUGCCCUCAGCAAAGAUGGCGGCAGUGGAGAAGCGGCGGCUGACAGUAGCACCAGCGGCCACUUUCGCGGACAGCAGCCGGACAUCGGUGUCCCAGGCGGCAGCGGCAGCCGAGAGCGAGGAGGACUUCCUACGGCAGGUCGGCGUGACGGAGAUGCUGCGCGCGGCCCUACUGAAAGUGCUGGAGACACGGCCCGAAGAGCCCAUCGCCUUCUUGGCGCACUACUUCGAGAACAUGGGCCUGCGCUCGCCAGCCAACGGCGGCGCUGGGGAGCCCCCAGGCCAGCUCCUCCUGCAGCAGCAGCGCCUGGGCCGCGCACUGUGGCACCUUCGCCUGGCUCACCACUCGCAGAGGACUGCCUUCAACAACAAUGUGAGUGUGGCCUAUGAGUGUCUGAGCGCCAGUGGCCGCAAGAAAAAGCCGGGGCUGGAUGGGCGCACAUACAGUGAGCUGCUGAAGCGCGUGUGCAGGGAUGGCGGGGCACCGGAGGAGGUGGUGGCGCCACUUCUACGCAAGAUCCAGUGCCGGGACCACGAGGCUGUGCCGCUGGGCAUCUUCCGGGCAGGCAUGCUGUCGUGUUUCGUGCUGCUGGAGUUCGUGGCACGGGCCGGUGCCCUCUUCCAGCUGCUGGAGGACCCAGGCCUGGCGGUAGCUGAUCGGCGCGUGGGCCAGGCUGUGCUGGACACGCUCGAGGGUGCGCUAGGCACCGGAGACCUGGCGGCGGCUCCCACACACUACCUAGAGGCCGGUUCCCGCUUGGGCCCCGACAGCCUGGCACGUGCCCUGGACCGGGCAGCGACUGGACGGCGGCCCAGCGCCCCCAUGGCCCGCGAAGAGUUCCUGGAGAAGGCUGCAGCCCUCUUCAUCGCCAAGGUCAAACCGGUAGGCUGAGCCCACGACGCUGGCACGCCCAGUCACCUGGGAAGGUUCUGACAGGACUUGGGACCUGCAAACCAGUGUCCUGGCACCCUGCACGGGGCCCACACCCAAGGAAGCCCCGCGUGGACCCUGCAGGACCAGAACCCGCAGCUCAGUCCCCUCUGUACUGGCCUGCCAUCCCUACUCAAAGAAAUAAAAGUUGAAAAGACCUGA